UUACUGUAUUUUGGCCCGCCUUGUACAAUGGAAGUAUGUGAGCGGCGAAAGGGAAUAGCUGAAAAACUAGAUUUUAGAAAAUUACUUAGUAACUGAUGCACGAGAAUUUGACAUUUUCAUACGUUGUUGGUCAACGGUCGCACGUCUUGUUUAGUUUUGCAUUGCGUAUUCCAUGCUUUGUUUUUGUGAUUUGGGGUUAUACCAGGCACCACCCCGUUUCAGGCAACAGAGUGAUAUCGGGUAGGCUUCGGAUGAUCACCGACCUGCAGUGUGUUGUACUGACCGAAAAGGGGGGCUAAGGCACGGCUGUACUGAAUGGGCUUCAUCGGUGGACAAAACAAGAACGAAAAGAUACUGAAAUGUGCAUCUAUUAGCAUGUAUGUAUGCAUAAAUAAACAGUCAUGAGCUAACUCGCUAGCUAACAGCGUUAGCUGAUGUAUUAUUGGUAAAACAGUUUUUCUUCUAAAAUAAAGCGAGCUAGCGUUGCAUUCCACCUCGGUUCGACUGCAUUCCAUCCAAUUGGAAAGGUCGAGCCCUGCAAGCAAGAUGGAGAGAGCAGGCAGCAUACAACUGGACAUCCCUGAUUUCAGCAACUCCGUGCUAUCCCAUCUCAACCAACUGCGCAUGCAGGGACGCCUGUGUGACAUCGUGGUCAAUGUGCAGGGCCAGAGUUUCCGUGCUCACAAGGUGGUCUUGGCUGCCAGCUCCCCGUACUUCCGAGACCACAUGUCACUGAGUGAGAUGAGUACCGUAUCUAUUUCAGUGAUCCGUAACCCCACAGUGUUCGAGCAACUACUGUCCUUCUGCUAUACGGGGCGCCUCUGCCUGCAGCUUGCUGACAUAAUCAGUUACCUGACAGCUGCUAGUUUCCUGCAGAUGCAACACAUCAUUGAUCGCUGCACUCAGAUCUUGGAGGGCAUUCACUUCAAGAUCAGCGUGGCUGACGUGGCUGAAGACCUGGGGGGCAGUGGGCAGACUCACAGGGGUGGGGGGCGGACCCUGGAGUCUGGAAGAGGGGGCGGGGGCCAACGCUCUCUCAGCCCUCGGCACAGUAGCGCCAGGGGCGUUGGCGUGCGGGGAAGCGGAGAGGUCGUGCUCGAUAUUCGGGAUGUUAGGGAAGUGCGAGAGGUUACUCCCCCGGACGAGUCCAUGAGCCCCCAGAUUGUGGAGCACAGCGGAUUGGGCUCAGAGGGACUGACCCAGGUCAACAGUGUGGGGAGCAAGGAGCCCAUUCUGCGGAUAAACCGGGCGGGGCAGUGGUACGUGGAGACGGGGUUGGAGGCUAGCCGCGGGGGCGAGGAGGAGGUGCGGGUGGUGGACGGAUUGCGGAUCAAGACAGAGCGGCUGGAGGAGUGGAUGGGUGCAGAGACCCACGCAUCCGGGGAGGAGGGGAGCAGUGCGGAAGAGGUGGCGGCCAUGGUGAUCGACACUACAGGACAUGGGACGGUGCCGCAGGAAAGCUUCAUCACAGAGGCUUCUGGGGCCAAGAGCUCACACCCCUCCAGCAGCUUCAGCGAGACAGAAAGGUUCAGUCCAGCAGAUAGUGUAGUGGUGAUGGCUGAGCGUCAGAGAGCCAAGAGUGAGUCUCCUGGGAGAGUGGAUGAUCAGAGACAUCCCACUUCACAGAGGGAAGAGCAGGCCAUUUUCGACAUGGGAGGAUACGAGGACUACUUGCGUGAACAAGUAGGCGACCGCUGGUUUCGUUACAACCCCCGCCUGACUUGCAUCUACUGCUGCAAGUCCUUCAACCAGAAGGGCAGCCUGGAUCGGCACAUGCGUCUGCACAUGGGCAUCACCCCCUUCGUCUGCCGCAUCUGCGGGAAGAAGUACACGCGCAAGGACCAGCUGGAGUACCACAUCCGCAAGCACACCGGGAACAAGCCAUUCCACUGCCACGUCUGCGGCAAGAGCUUCCCCUUCCAGGCCAUCCUCAACCAGCACUUCCGCAAGAACCACCCGGGCUGCUCCUCUCGGGAGGUGUCCCACAGCGCCUCCCCCGAAACCACCACCGUCACCUCCCGCGGCGGGCACAACGAGGACGGGUCCCCCUGUCAGGAGGAGACCGAGGGCAGCGGCGGGGCGGUCGGACCGUCCUUCGGGGAGCCCGUCCAGCCAUCUGUGUCCACCACAGGCCCCGAUUGAUGGAGGAGCUUUGGGGAAGGGGUGUCGAGGUCAUAGUGGAGAGCCAAAUAAUUUACACGGAGGCAGCGCGCCUUCACGUCCUGCUCACUUGCAGAGGGGUUUGAUGGCUCACAGAUGGAAAAUGGAGAGUGAGAAUUCGCCUCACUUAAUAUCUCCUCAAAAGUGGGGUGGGUUGUUGACAUGAAGACAGCUAGCCACCCCUUUUUCUGAGGAGAGAAUGAAAAACCUACUGAAAUAGGUGGGAGCUUUUUUUUUUUGUGGAUUUUUAUUCAUCCUCUCUACAGGAAUAGGUAAAGUGGUCAUACAGUACAUUGAGGACACGGCAAAAAUAGAUAAACCGAAUACAUUUUUUUAGUACAGUUAUAUGGUGUCUCUUUGAUAACACAUCUACCUUCACAGUUAAUCCGUACAGAAAAAUCUGACAAAAUAAGAAUCAACUCUCCGGCGACCUCAGAGCCCGAAUGGGUGCAGUGCAGUUUGUAUUUGUCCUGUUUUAUACUUAUGUUACAGCUUUUAUACCCGUUCUGUUGACAUUACUUGCACACACAGGGGUUUAAAAUGCAUCACCUUCAGACUAUAGUUACUGUUCAUCUAUCGUCACAGUGUAUUUAUAGCUUUGCCAAAAGCUUCAGUAUCAGAUAUAGCUCUACGUUGGAAAAGAAAAUCAUGGAAGAUAAUAUAUUUUAUUCCUUUAUGGAGGAUUAAACUGGUAAAAGUAAAAAAGAUAUAAAGUGGUACUGUACUUAGACUAAAAUUAGACUAAGUAAUUUACACUAAUAUAAAUACAAAGACCAAAUCCUUGGAAUAAAUAAGUGCAAAAAUAAUUGUCAAGAUAAAAAUGAAAAGCAUGUUGCUAAUAUUGUAUUCUGUCAAUCUGAAACCACUGGCAGGAUCAGACAGGCCAUUGGGUAAUCAAUGCACAGGAGCUAUGUUCAAUUAUAUUUUCCUGAAUUCAUGGCAUAUUGCAACAUAGCUUUAGCCCCAGUUGAAUUCUAGGAAGGGGUGAGGGAAAAUUACAGACUGCUUUAGGGACAGGUAACUGCUCUAGUGUUGGCUACAAAGUGGAGUGAGUGAUUGGUUGGAAUAUAUAUUUCCAUCAAAAUAUUGAGGUAAUGGAACCUACACUGUGUGUAGAGGUUCGGUUCUUGCUGUUUGUACAGUAUAUAAUUUUUUUUUUUUUUAAUAAUUCUUUUUUGCUUUGUUUGCUGAUCCAUACCCUCAAUUUUGUAAAUUGUGCUCUCGGUUUGCCAAUCCAUAUGCUCGCAUUUCAAAACUGAGGGUACAGAUGGGCAAACCGAAAGCAGGGAUCGCAAAACCCAGAGUACGGAUUUCCGCGUGUAAAUAUAUAUUUUUAACCUAAUGUGACUAGGAGGCUCUGUACAAAACCGUGUCAAACCUCAGAAAACAAAAACUGCAGCAACAUUUUGGCAUAUUUUGAAAUGCAAGCAAUAGUGUACAACAAGCAAAUUAUUGAAUACAAGUUACAAAAUAGCUGAAAAUAGAAAAACUGGCAUUUUAAUGAUGAAUAAUUAUUAAAAUAAUAAUGAAAAUUAUAAGAAUUAACAUUAUUAUGACUUGGUAAAAGUCAUGUAAACUUAGGUUCAAAAGGAUAUGAAAAUAAUUUUAGUGCCCAUUGUAUUAUGUCUUUGUCAGCUUUCCCACCAGGGAUUAAUAUUAACAUAGGAAUGUGAAAAAUAUUAUGAAUGUAACUACAAGUGAACCUGGAUCCUCCCAAGUUCCAAGCGAUAUCACCACUAUCAUAUCAUAACUGCACUCACUUUGUUAUUCUAUAUUCCUUAUAGGUCUCAAUGCAGUAUUACAGUGACCACUGUAAAAAAGCUAACUAAAAACAAACUUUGCUUUAAGGAUUAUAAAAAUAGUGUUUGGGUUGGGAUAGCGAGAAAUUGGAGAUUAAAGAGAGACAAUUUUUUCCUGUUUACUACCAUCUGGCUGUCUGGUGUGAAAAGUGCUCUUAAAUCAAUUGCUUUUGACAGAAUGGGAAUAUUAUUUAAUGCAAUAAAAUGAAAUUAUACAUGUUGACAAAAAUACAUGUAGAUUGAAAUGUAGAUUGACAAAUAAAUGAAUCAUUUAUUGUAAGCAUUUAUUUUUGUCAACAUAUAUUUUUCUCAUUUUGCCAGAUUUAAUCCUCCAUAACACCUUUUGCCUUGAGACAAUCUUAAUAAGUUACUUAACAUUUGGGUCAUAAAUGGAUCCAUGCCUCUUAAUUACUAGCAAUUUGGAAAUAAUAUCUGUUAAUAUCUUCUAUUGUGUCCCCUGGUGUCUUCAGGAUCAAUACAAUAUAUUUUUAGUUGAAUAACUUCAGUGCUUCUAAUUAUACUGGUUUGUGUACUGCUUCAAGUGUCUUGAAGGAACAGUACAUCCAUGGACCAAACCAGCACAAUUACAGUGUAUUUCAGUGAACUGGUAGGGACAAGCAGGGGAAAAAGUUUUAAUUUAGCUUUUUCAAAGAGCUCAAUCUUAUGCAUUUAAGUAAUCUGACUGGCAUAGUAUUGGCAUAGCAUUUAAAGCCAGUGAAAUUGAAAGAUUGCUUUAUUUAUCGGUAUUUAUUUUAAACUCUUUUUAGUUUUUUAUAUUUUCCAAAUGAUGAAAAUCAGCUGCUGAAUGUUUAUUUUUAAAAACCUAAUAUAGAAAACACACAACGGACUUCAACUGCAGAUAAGCUAAAGUACAGUUACCUCUCUGGACUCAGUUACCUCACACACACAUAUCAAUACGCAAUACAGCUCUGCUACAGGCAGACCGGUGCAUGCACUCUGCAGAACUGUAGGUGAAUUUCUCUUUUUUGUAUGUUUUGACUGUUUUAUCUGGUGACUGCCUUGGAAAAAGGCAGCUGUGUUUUAUAUCUUGUUCAGCUUGGACUGCAUGUCAGGACUCUUUCAGUCAUAGCUGUGGGGGGAUACUUCUCCUCUGAAUCUUGGGAGAUGGGAAUCAGUGGAGCGAGGGAUGUGGGAAAUGCAAGUGAAUGACCAAGAAAUCACAAUAAAGCGAUUACACAUACGGUCAUCUUUAUGAAUACUCCAGUGAAAAAUAGGAGGAUAUUGAUUGGGAAUGUCGAAAUUCCUUGGGGAGGAUCAUGUGCAGAGAAAGCAGAAUUCCCAUCCUUGGAAAAGGAGGUCCUUGGUCAUGGGCACAUGAUAUGACAUGAUUUUGAAAUGGCCACGAAUAGCUGUUCUGUGUGAACGACGGACGGGAUGGUGCAUACAGGAGUUGUGAAAUGCAUCGGUACAAAAGAGGCAUAUUCCUGACAACAAGAACAAUGGUCCAAUUCCUCUUCUAACACCUGCAAGCCAAAAUGACAACAUUGAGCACUAAUGAAAAGAUGUUUAAAACAAUAAAUACCAAUUUUUAAAUGACUACAGAUAUAUAUUAUAUAUACAUGUAUUUAAGCAAAAUUGUAUUUAUACAGCAGUUGAUUUACAAGUAAAAUGUUUAAAGGAAAUGCUAUAGCAGCAAAAUGAUCUGGCUGUUACCAAUGUUUAGGCAUUUUUUAAAAUAUACUGAGCUGUGAAUCACAUAUGGGUGUGAAAAGAUUUUUAUUGGUUGAUUGCGAGUGUAAAAACAGCUACUGAUUUCCUAUUGUUUUUCUCUCUCACUUGCUUCAUGUGACAGAUAUGGCAGGUAUCCUUUUCCUCUUUACACACCUCUGUCUACACUUCAGGUCCUCAACACUUACAACAGAUAUCAGGUAUUUUAUGUUUUUUUUAACGCUUACUUGUUUAUAUUUAAAGUUUAAUAUAGACUGGGUUCUAGGGUUGUCUUUCUGUAAUCCAGGGGUAAGAUCAUAGGUUAUACGAGCUGUUUCA